AUGCAGUACGUCAGAAGUAUAAGCGGUUCGGUAUCUAAGACAUGGAACUCCAUCAACCCGGCAACCCUUAGCGGUGCCAUCGACGUGAUAGUUAUUGAGCAAGCAGAUGGAACACUCGCAUGCUCGCCGUUCCAUGUCCGGUUCGGCAAAUUCUCCCUCCUUCGGCCGUAUGAGAAGAAGGUCGAGUUCAGCGUCAAUGGAGUCAGGCAAGACUAUGCUAUGAAACUUGGGGAAGGCGGGGAGGCCUUCUUUGUCUUUGAGACCACUGGCGACAUCCCGGAGGACCUCCAGACGUCACCAGUCAUAUCGCCCGCCGCCAGCCCUCAGCAAUCGCCAGACGGGGUAAAUAACGACACCACUUUCACACUACAAGAACCUGAAUACCUUGACCUUACGUCAAAGUCGUCCACUCCUCCUAAACAACAGCGUGCGGUAACCGAACCCCUCUCGGAUGGCGAAACCGAGCCAUCGGCUAUCUCGAAGAAUGCCCUGGAGCCAGGCCUCAAACUAGAUAGAUCUCGGUCAGAAGAGAUGCUCGAAGCUAGCCGGGCGAAUCCUUCUAGUGCAAACAGCUCUCCGCAGACUGUGCGGUCCCAGAGCCCACCCCCGAUCUCACGCCAGGAGGCCUAUUCUAGAGCAAUUUCACUAUCUAAAAAACUAUCAGGCUCAAACAUCCCUUCAAAGGUGACUGAGAGCGGAGACCUAAUGCUGGAUAUGACAGGGUACAAAAGUAGCGAAGAUGAUGCUCUCCGCGCCGAGGUGGUGGCUCGUAAGAUUCUAGCAGAAGAGCUGGAGGGGAACUACGAUAUCGGUGCUCUGAUUGGUGCUGAUGAGCAUGGCAACCUAUGGAUAUACAGUAGUGAAGAGGCCAAGGAGGCUGCUGGCCGUAAGGCCGCCUAUAGCACCCUGCAGCACCAUAACGGUAUGGCGGAUGACGCUGUAUCCGACCCUGGAUAUCAGAGUGAUAACGAUCAGUUGGAUUACGACGGCCACCCUCAGAAACAUCACCGCUCACAGUCUGACGCGCAGUUGGAAUAUCCUACCCCGCCACAAACGCCAACGGAUAAGCAGCAGGAAAGGGGUCGUAGCUAUGCAAAGACACUGCGAUUAACAAGCGAUCAGCUAAAGGCUCUCAACCUCAAGCCUGGUGCCAACCCGAUAUCUUUCAGUGUCAAUAAGGCAGUCUGCCCUGCAACCAUGUAUCUUUGGAGCUACAAAGUUCCUAUUGUCAUAUCUGACAUUGAUGGAACUAUCACAAAAUCUGAUGCUCUUGGACAUGUUUUGAACAUGAUCGGGCGAGACUGGACCCAUCUUGGUGUCGCCAAGCUCUAUACAGACAUUGCAAGCAACGGGUACAAUAUCAUGUACCUGACCAGUAGAUCUACUGGCCAAGCGGACACUACGCGAGCAUAUCUCAAGGGGAUUUUGCAAGAUGGAUAUAAGAUCCCACAGGGCCCGGUGAUCAUGAGCCCUGAUCGAACAAUCGCCGCGCUUCGGCGUGAAAUAUACCUCCGCAAACCGGAAGUAUUCAAAAUGGCCUGUCUACGUGAUAUUCUUAGCCUAUUCGAAGGAAGACAGAAUCCAUUUUAUGCCGGCUUCGGUAACCGUCUUACCGAUGCGCUGAGUUAUCGAUCCGUUAAUAUCCCUUCAACAAGGAUAUUUACUAUAAACUCAAACGCAGAAGUCUCGCUUGACCUUCUCAGCUUAACAAAAUAUAAGAGUAGUUAUGUGACGAUGAGGGAGUUGGUCGAUCAUUUCUUUCCGCCAGUGAGCACACUCGUGCAGGAUGGUGGCGAGGAGUUUACUGAUUUUACAUACUGGAGAGACCAGCCCAGAGAGCUGGAUGAAUUUUCACUUACUGACUCUGACGCUGAGUCAGAUCGGGGCGACGAUGAAUCAGACGCUGAUCACCACGAAGGUCUCGGACAGACAUACAUAUCUCGCGACUCGAUAGAAAUUGGCGGUGAUAUGAAUGAUUCUAUACUUGAUUCUGUGUCGGAGGACAUGGACGACCUCUCCGAGGAAGACUAUGACGAAGAAGAUGACGGGCGGGCGCCUGAUGAGAUUCCUGCACGGUCAAACGAAGAUGAUGACGAUUUCGGGGUACCUAGAUCCCCAGACCGAACUCCAAGGAGCCUUCCUAUCCGUUAG